CUUGCUGACCUGGGUCAUGAGAGAUGACAGCUUGUCCUUUCCUAGAUUGGUUCACCUGAUCUUGGUCACAUGUCAAGUGCUUGUUAAGGAUAGGCAUUUUUGUUUUCUUUUCUUUUACCAGCUCUUUUGCACCUUAAUCAGGAUGAUCUGCUUCCUUGUGCUGGCUCUUGCUUGCGGUGCCCUAAGUGCCCCGACAACUGCACCGGACUUUACGGCGCUUCUCUCACAGGCAUUCAACAGAAUCGAUGCUGAUGGGAGCGGCUCUGUUGAUGUGUCAGAAUUCCUCAAGGUCUUUGACCUGUAUGAUCUCAACCAUGAUGGCAAAAUGACAAUUGAAGAGUAUAUGACUAGUACUCACGUGCCGAAAACCUUUGCUCAGGCGGUCUACAAUUCCAUAGACUCCGAUCACGACAAUGCCAUCAAGAGAAGUGACAUAAACAGCGUCUUCGCGACCUACGACACCAGCGGUAAUGGCCUCAUCAGUCUCGCCGAAUUCGUUACUAAGUAUAAGGAGAUUUUCGCGCAGGUCCAAAAGAACUUGUCUGGUCAAUAAAUGUUACUGGCAAACA